AUUACCUUUUGCGUUAUGAAAUAUUACGGAUGUGACUUUGGUCCGUGUAAAUUCGUUUCAAUCCCAAAUAACCGGGCCGAAAUCAAUUUUACCCCGAUAUUCGGUCGAAACGGUCACGGAAGUUGGUAUGAAUCCUUGCGGCGUGUUGUUGAAAAUUUACAAACUUGUGCUUGUUUUUAUUUACAUCGUUUAAUGUUUAGCGGAUGCGUUUGUGUUUGAAAUAAGUGCGAAUGCUGCCGUCCUCCGCUCGGUGCCGUGUCUCUUCUCGACAAUUCCGUCCGUCGACAACACAAUUUUAGAUGUUCGGAGGCGAUGAACGCGACGAAUCUCUACGUGUCGACGUCUCGGAUCAUAUUCUCGGCGAAGGCGGACGACCCGUCGACCUGGGCGGACCUCCACGGCCUCUUCUCCGGCCUCCGUCAGUCGCUCUCGUGCACCGUCUGCGGUGAGCUCCUCGUCGAGCCAUAUACCCCGACGGAGACGACGUGCCAGCACCACGUCUGCCGUUCGUGCAAAGGAGGGAAGAAGAAGUUGAACCCUUCGUGCAGCUGGUGCAAGGACUACGCCAAGUACGUCGAGAACGUCCAACUGAGGACGCUCCUCCAAUGCUACAAGAAACUUUGCUUGUACCUCGGCUGCUCGGAGGUGUACAGGAUGCUCGUCGCAGAACCGGCCGGGGGCGGCGAUCACUUCAGGCGACUCGUCAAAGAAGGCUCCCUGUUCAAAGACGACUUCCAAAUCCCGACCGAUUCGCUGUCUGCCAAAUUGAUCCUGAAUCCCUGCAAAAGUGCCUCGACCCAGACCAACUUGGACGGGAGGGACGAACGGGCGAAAAACGACCUCAUCAUCAACGGACGAUCGCCAACCUAUUCCGUGAUUUGUGCCGACGACGGCAAUAGGCUCACUAUUAAAAGGACGGAGAAAGGGGUUAAUAAUGUUGAUAAAAGAAACGGAAAAACCGCCUCGAAAGACAAAAUUGUGAGGGGUAGAAAACGGCGACAAGGCAGAAGUUUAAGUAGGUUAAAAAAAGGAAGACGUACAGGUCGAGAAAGGGUUGAUGCAAAGAUACAUGAAAUGAGGAAACGAUCUCAAGAUCAAACUAAUGUAAAUAGACCAAGAAAGCGACGCCCCCAUGAGGAAAACCUAUCAACAAAAGUAAAUAAGGUGAGGAAGAGGUCAGUAUUUACAAAACCUCCAACUUGCAAGUGUGGUGUGCAGGAUCAUUGUAAGGGCUCUUGCCGAGGUUACAGAUGCCCUUGUUAUUCAGCCGACAAAUCUUGUUAUGAUUGUGGUUGUUUGGGUUGUAAGAAUCCAAGGGGUGCAUCGCUGAACAAGGCAAGUCCAACUGGAGUUGUUGAGAAUAGUAGAAUCAAAGAGGAAAAUCAGAAUUUGGUUAAAUGAAAAGUUCUCUUUGAUUUGAUCCAAGUUCUUUAAUAUAUUUUUUCCUAAUAGAAAUAUAGACUAUUACACCCUGUAAAUAUUAUUUUUUUGUUAUAUAGAUCAACUUUUGUAAUAAAUAUAUAUAUAUAUAUUUUGUUAUGUAAAUAACAGUUAAAAACAAACUAAAAAAUGGACAGAUUGUUUGUAAAUAGUUCAAACUGUAUUUUGUUACAACUACAUUUUUUUAGUCCUUUGUAGUGUCAUGUUAUAAUAAUCAUUGAAUUUUUAAAACAAAUUAUAACAUUCAAAAAAUUUAUUAAUAAUUGAUAAUUGACUCAAUCCCGAGGUCAAGGUAUGUUUUGUGCCCUUAAUUUUUUGUCCCCUUAAAGAGAUAAAGGAAUAUUUUUAUUAAUCAAGUUGUACUGCUACUGCUAUUUUCUUAGGAUUAUUAUAUAGAAUAUAAUAGCUGUUCUAUAUUUUUUUGGCUGACAACUCUGUACCUUUUUGAAUAAGAAGAACUAAAGGAUU